AUGUCUGUCAUCAUUUCCUUUUACGAACGUCUAUCAACUUUCCUUUACUUUUAUCAUCCUCCUAGCAAAAUGGCCGCCGCAAUUCCUGUUUUUACGAUCUAUGAUGCCAUGAUUUUAUGUCAAAUCCCUGACACUGGGAAUUUCCAAGGACAAACUGACGCUCAACGUAUGGCAGAAGAGCUCUUUGACAACGAUUUUGGCACUGCCAUGACCAAGUCAAUCAAGCAAGUCAACAUGGACCUUGCAACGCUUGCAUCCUUGACCGCUGUGCAAGGACGAAUUGUGUCAAGACCAAGGGCUCAAGACCAAAUCAGAGCAUUUGUACAGUGGGUUCGCGAUGAAAUUCGGAUGGGCAGGAACCCUGCACAACACCCUUUCCCAGCUGGAGAUACAUCUACUCUGCUGCAGCGAUUGAACUUCCAUCAAAAGUAUGAUGUCAAAGAUUCUAAAACUUUAAUUGACAAUACGGUUCCACCCAAGUGGAGCAAAGAACAACAAUGGAAGCAAUGGGUCAAGCUGCUCCGUGACCACCUCCGCGCAUAUAUCGGUGUCAAUGGCAUCCCUCUUGUUUAUGUGGUCCGCGAGAAUGCAGCUCAAGACCCAACACCACAAGACGAUUUUCUUGACGAAUACAUCAAUAUGGCUCUACUUGUUGGAACCGCCUUUAUUGUGGAUAACAAACAAGUGUUGGCUCUACUGAACAAAUUUAUCAUGGGUUGUUCUGAAGCUGAAAUGGUAAUACAAGCUCUCAAUACUACUACUGAUGGUAGAGCUGCUUUCUUCGCAUUAAAGGCAUUUUAUGAAGGUGAAGGCAUUUUCGCUCAUGAUGUCAUGGCAGCGGAAAACAUCAUUGCAACACUUUUCUAUGCAGGAGAAAAACGCCCAGCUAUGUACUGGCAGAAAUUUGAACAAAUUUUAAAUAAUGCCAAUGCAACCAUGCAUCACGAAUAUGGACGUGUAAUGUAUACUGACGUUAUGAAGCUACGAUCCCUCCAACAAAGAAUCAAAGCUGACUUCCUGUCACAGACGAAAGCGGCAAUUGAAGCUAACAUGCAUGCUAUUCCUAUGACUAUGACAUAUGAUCAGGCCAUGCGAAUGUACCGUUCCAAGGUGGCAGAAAAAUUCCCUCCAGCUUCCGCAGCUGCCGUUGCUUGGGGGCGACACGUCAGAGAGCAGAAUCGAAACACACGUGGGUGUUGUACAACAAAUCAAUGCAACUGCUGA